CGCGUGUGUGUGCGUGUUGUUUCGUGGACUUUAGGACCCCGCGGAAACUUUCUCUCCGGUUGCGGCAGCCUCUGCGGCUCGUGAGAGAGUGAGCAGGCCGGCUGGUGAGAGAGAGUGAGAGAGAGAGAGAGUGAGAGAGAGAGAGAGAGAGAGGAGGCAGGCGGGGGAGCGCGAGCCAGCGACGGAGAGAGAAGACCCGGUAGAGCGCGAGGAGGGAGAGAGAGUGAGUGAGAGAGUGAGAGAGAGAGAGAGAGAGUGAACGAGAGGAGAGAGAGAGCGACGACCAUCAGGGUCCGUGUGCCUGAGGGACGGACGACACGGAGAGGGGGGAGGACUGAGCUAUCGUCCGAACAACCAACCGACAGAGCGACCCACAGACAGAUUGAAUGACGCUGCACCUGGUGCUUCUGAGGGCCAUUCCCAUGUUUUGAUUUGCUUUAUUAUUCUUUUUUUUUUUUAAACUUUCUAAACUUGGUUUAACCGAGCCGCUUCCUGCCAUGCCGUCCAACAGCCCUGCUGCCGCCGAACCGCCCAAGACACUUGAGAACGACACCGCCAAUGACGUGAGUGAAGAUGGAGCAGACCAGGACAGUCCAGAGGAGGGGACGCCAGCGAGUCCCCGCAACAAGCGCAGAGUGGGUCGUCCUGGCAGGAAACGCAAACAGCUGCUUCCUGAGAUGGCGACCUCUGACCCCUGUGCAAACGCCCCGCCAACCCCGCCUGAGGAGCCUGAGCCCUCCCCCUCCCCUCGCAAGAAGCGUGGGCGGCGGAAACUAGAGCAAAGAGAAGAGAAGAAUAAGGACGAGCCAGACGACAGAAACUGCGACUCCCCCAGAGAGGGUGAGACUGGGAGGCUGCGGAGGAGGCCGGUACCCAGAGUGACUUUCCAGGCUGGAGAUCCGUACUACAUCAGCAGGAGACAGAGAGAAGAAUGGCUCAGCCGCUGGAAGAUGGAGGUGGGAGAGAAACAGGCAGAGCGACGGGCGUACAGAGAGGCGGAGAUAAACAUGAUGGACGACCUAUCAGAGGGCGACUUUCACAAAGAUGAGGAACCAGCCAGCCCAGCUCCUCCCCCUUCACAACAACACACAGACCCCGCCUCUCCGACAGUCGCCGUGACACCGGAGCCGGUCGCCAGGGGAGAACAAGCCACACCCAGCGAGGUAGAGUACCAGGAUGGCAGGGGUUUUGGCAUCGGCACGCUGGUGUUUGGAAAGCUCAGAGGUUUCUCUUGGUGGCCCGGACGGAUUGUUUCCUGGUGGAUGAGCGGCCGGAGUCGAGCCGCAGACGGGACUCGCUGGGUGAUGUGGUUUGGAGACGGCAAAUUCUCCGUGAGUCACAUCAGAGGCUCAGAAAGGGGACCCAAAGUCCUUCUGCAAAGAGUUUGUGUGGAGAAGCUGAUGCCUCUGAGCUCUUUCUCAGCUGCCUUCCACCAGCCCACCUACAACAAACAGUCCAUGUACCGGAAAGCCAUCUUCGAGGCUCUGCAGGUGGCCAGUGUAAGGGCGGGGAGGCCAGUUCCUUCCUGUGAUCCGAGCGAUGAUGCAGACGGGGUAGAGAUUCAAACCAGAGAGAUGAUCGAGUGGGCCAUGACCGGCUUCCUACCCAGCGGCCCACAAUCACUGGACCCUCCAGAGGGCGAGCAGAAUCCAUAUAAGGAAGUGUACCCGGAGAUGUGGGCAGAGCCCGAGGCGGCGUACACGCCUCCACCUGCCAAGAAACCGCGCAAGAACGCAGCUGAGAAAGCAAAGAUCAGAGAGGUGAUCGACGAAGGGACCAGAGAGAGACUCAUACAUGAGAUCAAAAAGAAGACCAGGAACAUUGAUGAUAUCUGCAUCUCCUGUGGGAGCCUCAACGUCUCUCUGGAGCAUCCUCUCUUCGGAGGAGCGAUGUGCCAGGGCUGCAAAAACUCGUUCCUGGAGUGUGCCUACCAGUAUGACGACGACGGCUACCAGUCCUACUGCACCAUCUGCUGUGGAGGCAGGGAAGUGCUUAUGUGUGGCAACAACAACUGCUGUAGGUGUUUCUGUGUGGAGUGUGUGGAUCUGUUGGUAGGAACCGGCUCUGCGGCAGCGGCCAUCAAAGAAGACCCGUGGAACUGCUACAUGUGCGGCGCCCGGAGCACCUACGGGUUACUGCGACGACGGGACGACUGGCCCUGCAGACUACAGCACUUCUUUGCCAACAACCAUGAACAGGAAUUCGAGCCAGCUAAGUUGUAUCCUCCAGUCGCAGCAGAGAAGAGGAAACCGAUCAGAGUUCUCUCGCUGUUUGACGGCAUUGCAACAGGUCUGUUGGUGCUGAAGGAUUUGGGCAUCCAAGUUGACAAGUACGUGGCGUCUGAGGUGUGUGAAGACUCCAUCACUGUCGGCAUGGUUCGACAUCACGGUCGCAUCAUGUACGUGGGUGACGUACGCAACGUAACACACAAACAUAUCGAAGAGUGGGGACCAUUCGACCUGGUGAUCGGAGGAAGCCCCUGCAACGACCUCUCUAUAGUCAACCCUGCAAGAAAAGGCCUUUACGAGGGAACCGGACGGUUGUUUUUCGAGUUUUACCGUCUGCUGCACGAGGCUCGACCAAAGCCGGGCGAUGAGCGGCCUUUCUUUUGGCUCUUUGAGAACGUGGUCGCUAUGGGAGUUAGCGACAAACGGGACAUCUCCCGCUUUUUAGAGUGUAACCCAGUGAUGAUCGACGCCAAGGAGGUCUCUGCUGCCCAUCGCGCUCGCUACUUCUGGGGAAACCUGCCAGGCAUGUCCAGACCUCUGACACCCAUGACGAAUGACAAGCUGGACCUACAGGAGUGCCUCGAGCACGGACGUACAGCCAAGGUAUCCCCACCUUUUGAGAAGUUGCGUACGAUAACGACACGCUCCAACUCUGUGAAGCAGGGGAAAGACGAGCAUUUCCCCGUCUUCAUGGACAACAAGGAGGACAUCCUCUGGUGUACCGAGAUGGAAAGGGUGUUCGGUUUCCCCGUCCACUACACCGACGUGUCCAACAUGAGUCGUCUGGCCAGGCAAAGGCUGCUGGGACGUUCCUGGAGCGUCCCCGUCAUCAGGCACCUCUUCGCCCCGCUCAAGGAGUAUUUCGCCUGCAACUAGCCACACACCAACAACUCUCUCUCUGUCGCAUACACACACACAGACACACACACACACACACACACACACACAUAUAUACAUAAAGAGUAUGUAAUGACAGACACGGACAGAUAACUACACACAGUAUAGAGCUAGUACAUGAAGGUUGGCUGACGCGGGAUGACACAGAUCACCAGACAUACACACAUAUACACACACACAUUGUAAAGGACUGCUUCCGUAGAUCCCAUGUAGACCACUGGCUGACCUUAGUCCCCUGGUGCUACCUUGCUGAUACACACACACACACACACACACUGGUGCAGGAUCUCUGUACUGUAUUUGUUCACACGCAACUUCCUGUCCAACCUUGAAAAUGGUGUCUUCUGGCUUUACUGUGUCCUCGGAGUUGGAGUUAAAAAACUCAAGGUGGGACAAAGAUGCCCCGAUUUUUCUGUUUCUAACAACAUCAAAACACCAAUGAAUCCCUCUAACACUUAUCUUACUGUAUUCAUGCGUAGUGACAGUGCUGCUGGUGUAUUACAGUGCAAUGAACACAAACAUACAAACACACGCAUACAUACACGCACACAAACACACACCAGUUAACGCUCGUGGUGCUGGUCAGGCAGCGAUAGAGUCCAAAUGGUGCCACUUUAUUACAAAAAGUUUUUGGUGCUCUUGAGGAGACUGAUCUGUCUCUGGUUGUUCCAUUCGCUACUGUGUCCCUUAAUUGAGUUAAAACAAACGUAGGUGGGGGCAACAUAAGGCAAGAGAGGUGACUUUUAACAUCUAUUUAUUUGAGAGUGUGUAAAAGGAGAGAAAACAAGGCAACUGUGUUCAGAUAGAUUCAUGUGAAGCCUUUUUUUAAACGUGACUACGACUAAAUCAGGUGGUAAAAGCUGCUCUGGAGGUAAAAAUGAUUUUAACAGUUCAGUGGGCCGAGCCAAAAAACACUUUAACACCCAAAAAAAAAAAAAAAGGUCUUUAUCUUCCCCUUGACCAUGUUGGGCUGUCAUCAGUGAUGUCUGCUAUAUGAAAAACUGAAAUAAAAAACACUUUCUGGGGAUCUUUUCCUUGAUGUUUGCAACCGUGUAUCUGCUUUAAUUGCUUAAAAAAAAAAUCCAAAUUUACUUCCACUAAUAAAACAGCUAGUGUUCCUGGGGUCAUAGACAAAAUCUAGACAUUGACAGAUAAGAAAAAUUAACAACAGGAAAAUAAAAUAAUUGGUUAAAAAAAGGUUUGUAAGAUUUAGUGGUAUCUAGCGGUCCAGUUUCUGAUAGUAAGCCCUCGCCUCACCCUCUCCUUCCUAGGGACUACAGUGUGUUGGGUCAUGGCGGACUGCAAGAGGUCCUCCAACAUCUGUAGAUAUAAAAGGUUCAUUCUAGGGUCACAAAAACAGACAAAUAACCCGUUUCCCCCUGUGACUAUGCACUAAUCAAAAUAUAGUUAUUCACAGUAUAUUUCAUUUCUGCCAUUUUCUAUAAAUCGAGCUGCCUCAAUCUGACACACUGGGCCUGUCAAACACGAUUAAUUUGGUGCAUAAUCUAAGAACAAAAAGCUGAUUUGUGCCUUCAAGAUCCUUAUGCAAAGUCUCCUAACUGUCUCCUGUGUGUAGAGCGGCCUCUGGUGGUCAGACAGAUCUUUAUGAAGAGAGAAGCAUAACAUGGAAACACUCAUGCUAGGUCAAAACAAACCUUUGUGUUCCACUGAGUUCGUGUUAGCAGUCACUGGAUUAGGAAAAGACAGAAUGAGGUUCAAUACUUCAUACUGGCCAUCCUCAUGUAUAAAAAUAUAGAAUAUAGCUGCAUGUCUGUCCACUAUUAGGUUUCCGUACAACAAGCGCUUGUGUGCUCUUUAAAAACAUAUAUGCUGUUUUAUUAUUUUUGGUGUUUUUUUUGCAAUAUUUCAGGCAGUGAUUGUACAUUAAUGCUUUGGUGAAUAUGCUGUGAUAUACUGUACACUCGUAGCAUUUUAGAAAUGGCUUUAUUUCCUCAUGCAGCAUUCGUAAAAAAGUGCUCUUGUAUUGCAUUGAUUGCUGUUGCUCAAAUGACUGUGAUGUUCAUUAUUAUUGGUGCAAAAAAAAAAUUGCACUUUAGUAAUUAAGCCACUUGCCUGAUAAAUGUCAUAAUACUGUAACGACCAUGGCCAUCUUUAAUGGGAUAAUUUCAUUAU